CCCCUGUCUGGAAGCUCAAUCAUUAGAGUGAGCUGUGUUUCCCUCAGCCCAGCCCACCUCCCUCCUCUCCCCCAAACCACCACCACUCAACCCUCUCUCUCUUUCUCUACAAGUUUAACAGCUCCUACAAUUCCUUCCCAUGUCAAAUUCCGAGGACCCUAAUAACGAGCUCACUAACGGCGGCGGCGGCGGAGGAGCUAUGGUCGAGCAGACCUCGCAAAGGCCGUCAAGUAACGGCGUCUUAGCCGUCAAGAAGCCCCCUUCUAAGGACCGACACAGCAAGGUCGAUGGACGAGGCCGCCGCAUCCGCAUGCCUAUCAUCUGCGCCGCACGUGUCUUCCAGCUCACACGGGAGCUCGGCCACAAGUCCGACGGCCAGACCAUCGAGUGGCUCCUCCGCCAGGCCGAGCCCUCUAUCAUCGCUGCCACCGGCACCGGAACCACUCCCGCCUCCUUCUCUACUGUCUCCGUCUCCCUCCGCGGCGGCAACACCUCCUCCUCCGCCCCCUCCUCCGACCACAAGCCCCAACUCCUGGGCCCCACCCCCUUCAUCCUCGGCAAGCGCGUCCGGGGUCCCCUCGACGACCACGACACCAACCACAACCACGACGCCUCCGCCACCAAGAACCCCUCCGACCACCACGCCAACAACGACGGAGCCGUGUCGGUGGUCGGGCACUCCAUGGCCUCCAUGCUGGGCCCCACCGCAGGGGGACCCGGCGGGUUCUGGGCCCCGCACUUCGGGCAGGUAUGGAGCUUCGCCGCGACGCCGCCCCCGGAGCUGAUGGACCAGUCAGCGGUGUCCCAGCAGCAGCAGCAGCAGCAUUCGCUGUUCUUGCAGCAGCAGCCGAUGGGCGAGGCGUCGGCGGCCAGAGUAGGAAAUUACCUUCCAGGACAUCUCAACUUGUUGGCUUCAUUGUCUGGUGGGCACGGCAAUUCGGGUCAGAGAGAAGACGACCGGCGCUGAAAAAAAUGGAAUUCGGUUGGAGUUGGGUCGGUUGGCGGUGGGUGGUGGUGGUGUGUUUUGUUGGUAUAUAUAAAUAUGUGUAUGUCUCUGUUUUGCUAUUUUUGGGUUGUUGUUGGAGUUGUUUAAUUUUAAGAAAUUUCUUUGUAGUGGGAUUUUUAAGGUUAGAAUUUAACCGGCUUUGGAUGGCUGGAGCCUGGAACAAGAAGAAGAAUAAGGGUUUGUGCAAAUCUGUGAAUUUUAAGCAAUGUAUCAGUGCAAUUCAAAUUAGGGUUUUUCUUAGGGGUUCAAAUUGUUUGUAGGAUUUGGGAUUUGGGAUUUGGGGGGGUUUGUUGGAGGAGGAGGAGACUGAGGAGUGAGGAGAGAGCAUGAAGAAGAAGAGCAGAAGAAUUAGGGUUUUAGCGGGGGGUUUUGCUGUUGUAAGUUGUAACUGGAAGGGGCUUUCCAGAAUUUGAAUUUUUAUGGUGAAAAUAUUUAAUCCA